AUGGUUAAAAUUUCUCUAGAUAACGUUGAUAUUUUCGGAAACAUCGACAGUGAACCAUUGUUUUCUCCUGCGACAACUACUGUAUCUGACAUCUUAACCAAGUCCGCUUUGGAAUUUGUUGUUCUUUUACAUAGAACCUUCAAUGAAAAACGUAAAGAAUUAUUGCAAAAUAGAGAGAUUCAACAAAAAGGGUUAGAUAAUCGUACAUACGAGUUCGGAUUUUUGUCGGAAACUGAACAUAUUAGGAAUGACCCAACCUGGCAGGGUCCUGUUUUGGGUCCUGGUUUGAUAAAUAGAUCAACAGAAAUUACAGGGCCACCGCUACGUAACAUGUUGGUAAAUGCAUUAAAUGCGGAAGUUACAACAUAUAUGGUAGAUUUUGAGGAUUCUUUAUCACCAACCUGGAAAAACAUUGUUUACGGUCAGGUCAAUCUUUAUGAUGCCAUCAGAGAUCAAAUAGAUUAUGUAACUCCGAGAAAAAGUUACCAAUUAAAAAAAUCAUUUGAAACAUCCCCAACCGUUAUUGUAAGACCAAGAGGGUGGCAUAUGGAGGAAAAACAUGUUUAUAUCGACGGAGAACCUAUUAGUGGUGCUAUAUUCGAUUUCGGUCUUUACUUCUUUCAUAAUGCUUUCGAAUUAAUUAAAAAGGGGAAAGGUCCUUAUUUCUAUUUACCCAAAAUGGAACAUCAUCUUGAAGCUAAGUUAUGGAAUGAUAUUUUUAAUGUUGCCCAAGAUUUUAUGGCCAUUCCUAGGGGCACUAUUAGAGCUACUGUCCUAAUUGAGACUUUGCCUGCUGCAUUCCAAAUGGAGGAAAUCAUCUAUCAAUUGAGAUUACACUCAAGUGGGUUGAAUUGUGGUCGUUGGGAUUACAUUUUCUCCACUAUUAAGAAAUUAAGGAAUAUCCCUGAACAUGUUUUGCCAAACAGAGAUUUGGUUACCAUGACUUCUCCUUUCAUGGAUGCCUAUGUGAAAAGAUUAAUCAACAUAUGUCAUCGUCGAGGUGUUCAUGCUAUGGGUGGUAUGGCUGCUCAAAUUCCAAUUAAAAACGAUGCCAAAGCAAACGAACUUGCUAUGAACAAAGUCCGUCAAGAUAAGAUUCGUGAACUUACAAAUGGACAUGAUGGUUCCUGGGUUGCUCACCCUGCUUUGGCUCCUAUAUGCAAUGAAGUUUUCAGUAAUAUGGGAACUGCUAACCAAAUCUAUUUUGUUCCUGAUGUGAAUAUCACCGAGGCUAAUUUACUAAACACAAACUGUACCGGAGCUCAAGUAACAACAGAUGGUAUAAAGGUUAACUUGGACAUUGGAUUGCAAUACAUGGAAGCUUGGCUAAGAGGUUCUGGUUGUGUACCAAUUAAUAAUUUAAUGGAAGAUGCAGCUACUGCAGAAGUUUCUCGUUGUCAAUUAUAUCAAUGGGUUCAUCACAAUAUAGUUUUAGAAGACACCAAAGAGAAAGUCACUCCAGAACUUACAACCCAAUUGUUAGAGGAGCAAGCUGAUAUAUUAGCGGCUACUAGUCCUUUUGGUGAUAAUAACAAGUUUAAGCUUGCUGCAAAGUAUUUCUUACCUGAGAUCAGAGGCGAGAAGUUUAGCAAUUUCUUAACUAUAUUGCUUUAUGAUGAAUUAGUGCAUAAGAACGAUCGUCCUUUAAAUCUGUCCACCCUGAAACCAUAG